UUCCUCUUCUCUUCGCUUCGUCUCCGUUGCGUCGUCGCAGCCAGUUUCCAGUGCCAUCCAGGUUGUUAGUCUUCUGUUUCCAGCUACGUGGAACGGUUGUGUCGCUCUCUCACCGCUCGCCUCGCUCUCUGUUACUUUCAGUGUGUGUUAAAGAUCGAUCCAGUGUGAACUAUACUAAGCUCAAGGUAGACACAGAGAGCAACAAUGUCUUGGCUGGUGGUGCUGCUGAUCCUGUACGUGAUCUGGGAUGUCAACUACUUCAUCCGCUGCGUAUUCACUGUCUUUGCCGGUCGUUUGUUCCAGAGCAAACGAAAGGUGACGGAUACGACCACGAUUUAUGGUCUGUGCACCUCUCAGGAUGUGGACAUCUUCAUCCGGCACAUGAACAAUGCUCGCUAUGUGCGUGAGCUGGACUUUGCCCGUUUCCAUUUCUAUGCCUUGACGGGUCUCUAUGAGAAGAUCCGUGGACGUAAGGGUGGAGCCGUUCAGGGUGCUAGCAGUGUUAGGUAUCGCCGUACCAUACCCAUCUUCCAUCCGUACAAGAUCACCACCAAGCUGGUGUGGUGGGAUGAGAAGGCCAUCUAUCUGGAGCAGCAGUUCAUCACACUGGCCGAUGGCUUUGUGCGAGCGGUGGCCAUGUCCAAGCAGAACAUCACCAACUGCAAUGUCCUGGAUGUGCUGAAGUCCUAUCCGGAGACGACCAAGCGGCCGGAGAAGCCCGAAGAGCUGAAGCUGUGGCUGGAUGCCAUUGAGGUUUCCAGCCAGAAGUUGCGCAAGGACAAGUAGGAAUCUUCUGCUCCGAGGAUGGUUCUCAACUCAUCUAAACUUGCCUCAUAUACUUUUUUUUUUGUGUUGUAUAUAUAAUAGUUAAAAUAGUCUGAUCUUAAUUCUAUAAUUUUCGGGAAAAUAUAUGCUUGGUUCCAUACUAAA